ACCUGAAAAAAGCAUAUUUUACGGAUGAAGUAAGGAAACAAAGGCGAGAGAACAACUAUAAUUUCUUCAGUAUAGUAUUUUCGUGAAAACUAAGGCUGAGCCCUUUCAGGAACAAUGGCGACAAAUAUGCCAUCUUAUUACGAAUAUGAUGAAGACUAUUCUAGCGAUGACUGCAGCAAGGAAGAUGUGAUUGCCUUUGGUUCCAUUGCCACUCCGAUUAUCUUCUGUCUUGUGAUAAUCCUCAGCCUCUUCGGGAAUCUAUUGGUGCUUGUGAUCCUGAUCAAAUACGAGAAUCUCAAAUCCAUUACCAACCGCUUUAUCUUUAAUUUGGCUCUGUCGGAUCUUAUGUUCACCCUCGGUUUACCUUUCUGGGCAUUCUAUCAUCAUAUGCAUGAAUGGACACUUGGAGAUACGACCUGUAAGGUGGUCAAUUUUGUUUUUUAUGCUGGAUUUUACAGUAGCGUCUUGUUUUUGACGAUGAUGACACUACAAAGGUACAGGGCAGUAGUGUAUCCCUUGUCUGACCGUGGUGAAAAUCGCACACAUUUCGCACUUGCUUUGACACUCCUAGUAUGGGCACUCAGCGUGGUAGCGGCCAUGCCUGCAACAUUGCACAACAAAGUUCAAACGCACAACAACAAGUCUCACUGCCAGUAUGAUGACAUAAAUUGGAAAAAGGCAGCAGCAUAUCAACAAAAUAUAUUUUUCUUUAUUGCUUUUGGAAUUAUGUGUUUUUGUUACUCCAGGAUACUCCAGACUGUCCUAAAAUCCCCAUCAAGUAAGAAAAUUAGGACGGUGAAACUUAUUUUUGUCAUUGUGGUUGUGUUUUUGGUAGGUUGGGCGCCAUACAACAUUGUUAUAUUCCUAAAGUCUUUGUCUGACCAGAAUCCUUUUAAUGACUGUGAUGUGAGCAUCAGACUGGAUUAUGCCUUCUACUCGUGUCGGCUAAUAGCCUUCUCGCACUGUUGCCUUAAUCCCGUGUUCUACGCCUUCGUUGGAGUGAAGUUUCGAAAGCACCUGAAAGUGAUCAUUCAUAAGAUCUCGCCACCACCUCAGGCAAGCUUGGAGUCCCAGCGCACAAGGAUGGUAGCUUUGCCAUCGCAGGGGUCUAUGUACUGAUUGCUUUGCCCUGCCCUGCCCUCAUUCAUUCACCCACACCAGACUCUGAUGAUUUAACAAGGACUUACUGGAGCUGGUAUUUUCUACAGUGUAACUAUUAAUAUACUGUAUAAUGCCUUUGAGUAGGCCUACAGUGAAGGAUGCUUCUAUAGUCACUUGAGGUACACAUUUGCUGUUGAAAGACCAAGUCUCAUUUGCAUAGUACAAAUAGGACCCAGUGCAGUUCGAGCGAACUAGGCCCACGUAACAGCGGCAAUUGUGGUUUGUGGGGGCAGAUGUUUUUCUUCAUUUUUAUUCAAGAACAAUCAGAUCUGAUCUUUAUAACAGAAAAUUGAAACUGAAUUGAAAAUGUCUUGGUAAAACACCUGAAUAUUUCCAUCGUAUAUAAAAUGAAAAGGGGCAGCAUGUUCCCACUCUUUGUAGAUGACAGUAUCAGCCCACACAAAGACAAAAGAAACAAAACAGCCUGAACUGGAAUCUGAAAAAUGUAAACAUAAUCUGAAUAAUAACAGAUCGGUACUUUGUGGCCUACUAAGACUGUGCUUUGAAUUCACCUGCAAUCUAAAAGUGACAGUGAUGUAUAACACUGCUUUUAUGUAUUUUCGCUUAUUUCAACUGAGAAGUAAAACAAUGACCAGAUUUUGUGAAACUGUGAACCAUUUUACAAUACAAGAUAACUGUCAAUAUCACCUGAUAAGUCUGUUUAGGCCUAGUGGCACAUCAUAUUCCUCAUUAUGCUUUCUUUAAAAAAAAUGGAGCACUCUGAAGAUCAUCUUUUUCCUACUGACACUGCACUGCAGUUUGUGAAUUCUGUGCUAACAAAAUGGAAGUUAGUUUAACACCUAGGUUCAUUCUAGCAGGAAGAGGAAGUGUUAUAGUGUCUGUAUAAACUAUCAAAUAUUAAACUAUGGGAUGAGUUGAUAGUGA